AUGGUCUUGGCAACCUCCAUCAUGAUUCCGAAAAAGACAGCCAUCCGAUCCGUCGUGUGCUUUUGUCACGGUUACACGGACAAUGUAUCCUUUAUGAAACGAGUGGAAAACAUGCGCUUGGUGGAAGAAGGGAUCGCCUUUUGUGCCAUUGAAUACGAAGGACACGGAAAAUCGGAUGGUGCCCUCGGCCUCAUUACGGACUGGGAACGACUCAUUGACGACGUCCAAGCGUAUUUUCAAGAAACCACUCUCAAGCGUUUCCACAACAUCCCGGCGUUCCUCAUGGGCGAAUCUAUGGGCGGCGCCGUGGCUUAUUCCGUCUACAACCGUAUUCCGGACGUGUUCCGGGGUGUCGUUUUCAUUUGUCCCAUGUGCAAGAUCAGCGACCACAUGUUGCCUCCCGCGUGGGUCAUUCGCUGCAUUCAAUGGUGUAUCGGACCGACGGGGACCUCUUCGUGGCUAGGGUACUUGCCAAUCUCUCCCUCUAGCUCUUUGCACGAUGUAUGUUACCGUGUACGAGAAAAGCGCGAUUUAGUGUCGCGUUGCCCAUCCGUCUUUGCCCGCAAUCCACGCUUGGCCACGGCGCGAGAACUGAUCGAUGUGACGCAACGCAUUUCCAACAGUCUCGGAUCGUUUUCUGCCCCCUUUCUGGUACUUCAUGGACAGGCCGAUCUCGUCACGGACCCGGCCCUGUCCCAGGCGUUGUACGAAGAAGCCUGCUCCCAGGACAAAACGAUUCGACUGUAUGAAGGGAUGUGGCACGCACUGACAACGGGGGAGACGGAAGAAAAUACAAAAAUUGUCUUUCGGGAUUGCAUCGAAUGGAUUUUGGCGCGAUCCUAA